AUGUCUCCUGUCGGUGGCAGCAUGGCGCUUGCUGAGCAAGACCCCAACGGCGGCGGUCGCACGUCCAGAGCCUCCAAUGCGUCAGCUCUAAGCCGUGCAUCAGGAAAACCUCUAAAUGGAGCAUCUGGCUCUGACCAUCCUGUCUUCCCUAACGGUAUCUCGUCAAUGCUCCGUACCACCAUGGACAUGGGCGACGUCGGUCUCUUGAACGAUCCGCUCGGCAUUGCCAACUCGAACCGCCACCUGCAAAGGCACCGUGCAGCCAGCAGGAUGUCGGCAGCAUCUUCCAUGUCUGGUCACUCGAGUCGAGCCAGCAAGCAAUACCGUGCACAACCGUCGUCCUCAUCUGCACCGCGACACUCGGCAGGACUCAACACACCGCAAUACGUCACCGACAUGCUCUCGCCGAUGGCCAUGAGCAUGGCAGGAUCGUCGCCGUCGAAUCGCACAGACAACCGCAACCAAGAAUCGCAUCGCUCGCGGUCCAUGACAGAUCAGGUACAGCCACCUUACAACCUCGCCAGCAACAGGUCUCUUGCGAGCCUACGCCCUCAAGCGCUACAACCCCCUAGUCCAUACCACCCGAAUCUUCAUGGUGGUGUAUUUAGAUCGUAUACUCCGAACUACAGGUCUGCUUCACCAGCAUUGAGCGACAAUGCCGGGCUACACCCACGAGACUUGUAUUCCUACGAUGACCAGAGGCCGCCGCAUGGUGGCCGAGGACAAGCCACUCCUAGCUGGGCACCUCCAUCUGCAUACUACAGCAACGGACAACAGUAUGGUAUGCAGGCCCAGCAGUAUCUUGGUCCCGGUGGUAACCCGCACAACGUGGGUCAGAUGAGAAUGAGGCUUUCAUCUCACCCGUCUGCGUUGAGUCUCGAAGAUCGGCGCGAGGAAGAGGAUAGCAUGCCUCCUUUCUCUGACCAUCAGAUGGGGAAGUUGCAUAGUAGCAUAAGCCUUCCUCCUCGGCAGACGCGUAGACAGCUUCAGUCGGAUACCCCACCUCUACCAACGAACCACAGAAACCGCAUCGCUGUCGAGAAGGCACGUCUCCAAACAUCUGUGCAGGGCUCUGUAUCAAGUGGCUCCACAAUGAUACGCACCGAUUCAGAGGCUCCAUCUUCCGACAUGGCUCUACCCCCGACCCCUAGAGACGGCGCCUCUAUGGAAGCGCUUCGCAACCCCAACGGCACACACCUGAUCAGGCCGAGCGACUUGGGUCCGAACAGGUUUGCGAACACCACGGAGAGGACCCCUGUUCCAUACUACGAUGGAAGCGAGCAAUUCCAUACCAACGAAAUGGCAGAGCCGGAAUCCGACACUAUACCCACAGGCUUUGCGGAGGCGGCAUUGAAUAGUGAUCCUUUUUUAGGCCAACAGGCACGACCAAUGCCAAUGGUGGUCGUGUCUCCAAAGAUGACAGACAUCCCAACUGUACCGAUUUCGACAGAGGAAAUCAAGACGGCGAACCCCGAGAGCGUCGCAGACAUCGUCCCCGAGAUCGCGGAGCUCCCCGCAUCACCCGUCGUGAGGCGUAUUACGAGGAAUUUGAUCCUUCAAGGUCUAAAGGUUUCGUCGAUGGAAGAUAUCCAGUCAUCCACGACCAAAUCUCUAAACACUUUGAGAACCAGUAAAUCCGAUGAGCUUCCUAUCAAGAUGCAAUAUGCAAUCAGCGAGUGCGUCGGAACACCAUCGCACCAAGAUAAGGAGCAGAACUAUCGUAACAGUAUUCUCUCACAAACUGGAUCGAGCAUUCUAGACUCAUCGACCAUCAACUUCGCGGUCCGACAUUCGAUACCAGUUGCUACAGGCGGUGGAUUUGCGAACGAGAUAGCGCCUGGAACUGACAAGGAGCUGAGCAUACCUGCUAGUCCUGGACACAGUACUGAGGAUGGAAUGUCGGAUGUUCUGGCAGGGUAUCAGAGACCUGAUUCAAAGGCCGAGACUGAGGGUUUGCCACGAGAUGAGACGACGAAGGAGAAAGCGAAACUUUUGACCGAUAACAUGGAAACUCCGACAGACGAGGAUCUGAAGCCGUCGCCACUCGUUACAGGUUCUCGGAACAGCCAGACUCAGAGGUCGUCGGACGAGCAGUCGUUCAAGUCUUGCACAGAUAAACCGGAUGAGUCUUCAGUGCUAGUAUCGCCCGAGACUGAACAAGACCCAGAUGGAAAAUCGUUCAGGUCAGCUACCGACGUCUUGCUCGACCGACAGCCGUCUCAGAAGGGAUCAAAUGUCCACCAUCUCGCAGUGGGUAAGGUGGAUGUCAGCUCCGAGAGCGCUGCUUCGAUGCCGCCAUCUCUGCUGUCAUCAUCCAACCUUGGGACCAUGGUCAUGAAGCAGAGUAGGCCCAAGUUCGAGAUGUCUUUACCCAAACCGCCUGCUGCAAUGCUUCGCAAACAACUUCCGGUGCCAAGUCGAGAAUCAAGCUUCUCUAUCGUGACAAGCAAGCUUCGCACGGCCUCAAAACCAAGUGUCAAGCAGGGCUCAGUAUCAAUGUCGGGCUCAUCGUCUACCUUGGGACUUCCACAAGUUCCUCCGGUAGUUCCCCCGCGAGAAUCUAGCACUUCCAAAGAAGCUCAACGCGUCCAUGCCGCCGUCUCUUUCUUGAUGCGUCCGCUACCAUCUCGGUUUGCUAUAGGUCGAAAGCGCCCAGAUCAAGAUGAUAUGCUGAAGUCAGGAGAGAUGGAUCAGCCUGCGUACGAGUCGGCUCAAGAUACCGAUGGCACUCCGGCCACCAAUCGCAUAUUGCAGCCGUCGACCCCUGUAGAGGCGGUAAAGACUGCGCAGACGACACCGACCAUGCCAACUGGUGUCCCUCCUGCAAAGAUGCGAGCCAUCACCUUCGAUACCCCUGAUGUUUGUAAAUCAUACAAAGCCCGAGGCAGUAGUCCGGCCCCUGUAAUAUAUGAGAACUCGUGCAGCAACGCAUCACCUGUGGUACCAGAGCCAUCAUCUGUGUAUUCGAUACAGGACCUCCCUUCUCGUUCGCAGGAAGGAUCUUCCACAGAUGAUGGCCCAGCGACUUCAGAGACCAAUCGACGCGACAGUCAGACAACGACACAUCUCGAGUGGCAUCGCUAUGUACCCCCGCCGACAGGUGGCUGCUCCCAGCAUAUGCAGCUACGCCCACCAGGUGGCAUUGGGAGUCAUCUUAACUCGCUGGCCUUGUCUCCGUUAACGAAUAUACAAGAGGAUACGACGACCGACCUUAGACUGUCCGGGUAUAGGUAUCCUGGUCCGUCGCGCUAUCUGCCUGAUCUGAAGGAGGAGUCACACGAGGACUCGAGCCUGAAUACCAGUGCCAGCAACUUGAAGAGCUCCAGCUUCCGCUUUCCGUUCGGUAACCCCUCGGGUAUUCGGGCUUCGGGAGAGGAUCAAGCCAACUUCUCGAGGCGGUCAUCGAUGGCGUCACAGCGGCGUAGUGCGAUGGGCAGCAAUGUAGGUAGCGCCCUCGGGCAGGCACAUGGCUUGCCUUCGAUGCGCUUUAGCCGAAUGAACCUGUUUGAUGGGUUUACCGAUGAGCUCGGCCUGCGCUACUCUCGGUCGAUGGAAGAGGUGCCCAAUGUGUCGCAGAUGGUGCAGAGGCUGAGCAGGGGUAGUCCGACACGGCCUGCAUCGGCCGGCGAUGUGACAGGUAUGCGCGUAUCUCUUGCGGAGUUGGAUGCUGCUGAGCGCUCGAGGUUGUCGAUGCAGCCCACGACCAUUAUGAAUUUGUUUGCGAUGCACCGUGCGCAUUCACCGGAGCUCAUGGCGGAGAUUGAGCGCUUGACUAUACCUUCAGUGGGGGGUCUCACACAGCGCUUCUCCGAGUUUUUCCCUUCGUUGAAGGAGUACUACAAGUCGGGUGAGCCAGCCGAGUUUCCGGUUGAGGAAGAGAUUGAGAAGCACGCGUUGGAGGAGAUUCACGAUAUCCACCCGACGCAGAAGCGCUCAUCUGCUCGUUUGCGUCCCAUGCGAGGGAAUUCUCACAUGGUCAUCAUCGAUGAUGAUCUCUAUGAGGAGCUCACGAAUAAGGAGAAUGAGAAGGGAAAGGGCAAACAAGGCGGUCCCGGUGAUGGUGUUGAGAAUGGCGCUAGCGUAGCGGCCUCAAAUAUGGACAAGAGCGACGACUUGACCAACACAACAACAGCACGUCAGACGGUGCCGCUGACAGAGCUGCAAGCGCCGUCGCCAGCUGUUAUACGUCCACGCUCUCAUACAGUCGGCCCUGAAGAAUUUCGUAUCUCGGAGACCCGCCCGUGGAACAUUGACAAGAACUACCCCUGGGCUACAUCUACAAAUCCUGCCAUUGACAUUUCUCUUCCACCUCCUACUGCCACGAGGCACUCAUCUCGUCGCGGUCCUUCCCAUUUACGCAACCGGCUCUCUGAGACGUUGACCGAGAGCUCCUUCUCAACUACACAAACAGCCACGGCAUCACCGUUCGGCACACCAGCUGACAGCACCGCACAUGCUCGCCAACACCGCUUCAGUACCUUUGGCCGUGGCAGUGACCAGCCGCACGCGGUAGGAGAGCGUUACCCUACAUCUGCCCUGUCACCACCCACAGCCAUCUUCAGAGACCACCUCUCCGCCUCUGACACGUCUGACGACGAGGAAAACUACGAUACAACACGCAAAACACGUCUUUCGCUCCGCAAGCGCUUUUCAUCUACCCGCAAAGCUACGCUUGAACAGCAUUCAACGUCGCGAGCUACCGGCCGAAGCAAGACCAAUCCAUCAGACCUUGCAUCACCAGAGUCCACGACAUCAAUUGUGCAAGAUUCUGCCGGUGAAGCCCAAGCCUUUAGCUCAGCAACCGCCGCUACAAAUCGACACACCUUCCACGAGGCCGAGGGCAUGCGAGCCGUCGACUACCGCAAACAACGCAUCAUUGACCGCCUGAAGACGUGGUGGCACAAGGGCUCGCGCCUGCUCCGUCAAUUCUCGUACCGCAAGAACACAACGCACACGUCGUUUAAGGAUAUGAAGCCGACGCCUUGGGAGUACUAUCUGCUGCGUCUGGAUGAAGACGACAACGUGAUCGCAAUCUCUAUUGGACCGGUGCCGCCUGCACCACCUAAUACACCUGUUCCCACGCCUUCGCCGCCUACACCGCCGCCGUCGCCACCCAUGACUAAUGGCCAUAUUUAG